GUUUCGCGCGCCCGCCCGCCACGCCGGCGGAACGAUCAUGGCCCAGGCUGCGCGGGCGCUGUGGCCGGGCGGGCGCGCUCUGGCCUGGAGGGUGGGCUGCGGCCCCCAGCUCCGACUGUCCGCGCCGGGUCGGGCGGGCUUCGCUGGCGCGGCAGGAGGCCGGGGUCCCGCUUCCGCGGCCCUCAAGGGAUGCCCGCGGCUGCUGGGGGUGGCGGCGCUGGCCCUGGGGGGAGCUUUGGGGCUGUACCACACGGCGCGGUGGCACCUGUGCGCCCGGGAGCUCCGGGCAGAGCGCCCGGCCGCGCAGCUCUCCCUGACCAGCAGCCUGCAGUUGACUCUGUACCAGUACAAAACGUGUCCCUUCUGCAGCAAAGUUCGAGCCUUCCUGGACUUCCACGGUCUGCCCUACCAGGUGGUGGAGGUGAACCCCAUACGCAGGGCUGAGAUCAAGUUCUCCUCUUAUAGGAAGGUGCCCAUCCUGCUGGCCCAGGAAGGAGAGAGCUUGCAACAACUCAACGACUCCUCUGUCAUUAUCAGUGCCCUCAAGACCUACCUGGUGUCUGGGCAGCCCCUGGAAGAUGUCAUCACCUACUACCCACCCAUGAAGGCUGUGAACGAGCAGGGCAAGGAGGUGACUGAGUUCUGCAACAAAUACUGGCUGAUGCUGGAUGAAAAGGAGACCCAGCGCAUGUAUGGCGGGAAGGAGGCCAGGAAGGAGGAGAUGAAGUGGCGGCAGUGGGCAGACGACUGGUUGGUGCACCUGAUCUCACCCAAUGUCUACCGCACCCCCGCGGAGGCCCUGGCCUCCUUCGACUACAUUGUCAGAGAGGGCCGGUUCGGGGCUGUGGAGGGCGCCUUGGCCAAGUACAUGGGCGCUGCUGCCAUGUACCUCAUCAGCAAGCGGCUCAAGAGCAGGCAUCACCUCCAGGAUGACGUGCGUGAGGACCUCUAUGAGGCUGCCAACAAGUGGGUGGCAGCUGUGGGCAAAGACCGGCCCUUCAUGGGAGGCCAGAAGCCGAACCUGGCUGAUCUGGCUGUGUACGGCGUGCUGCGUGUGAUGGAGGGCCUGGAGGCCUUUGAGGACCUGAUGCGGCACACACGCAUCCAGCCCUGGUACAGGCGAGUCGAGAAGGCCAUCGCUGAGGCUCCCCGGUGAACUGAGCGCCCACACUGGGCAGAGAGGGAGGCCACAGAAGAGGCUGGCUGCUGGGGACUGGGACUGGGCCCACCUCUGGCCCUGGACACUCAGGAGGCUGCUGGGGGGCAAGGCCUAGGCUUGCUCACAGCCCCCUCCCUGGGACUCAUGGGACUCAGCCCCCUCCCUGGGACUCCCCUCCUCCCCUGCCCUGGACCCCCUACUCUUCAGCGCUGCUCCUGGGGGCUGAGAGGCUGCCCACGGACAGGAGUGGUGUCAGCUCAGUCCUGGACAGUGAAGGAGGGCCUUACCCCUGCUCCGUUGCCGCUGUUCUUCCCAGGAUCCUUUAGGACUGUGUCAUGUUUGCAAUAAAGGAGAUGUGAUGGC